CAUCAAAAAAAAUUUCGCUUUCUUUUUUUUUCUUUCUUGGUUGGCAAAUACCCAUCUAGAUUUUUUUCACCUCCAAAGGAGCAGAUGUUCUUCGUUUUCGUUUUCGUUUUAUACCCAAGCAUCUAAAUUUUGCCAAGAAUUUAUCAUUAAGGAUUCCAGUUAUUGCUUGAUUUGGGGUUUUCUUGGAAUAAAGGGCUUGUUCAACUGUAGGGCUUAUUAUUUUUUUUUUUUGCAAUUUUUUUUAUUGGAGUUUGUAUUUGGAGUUUUCCAUAGUAGCAGAGGUUUUUUCUCUCAAUCUUGAAUCCCGUGUUUUCGUUGAUUGCGUUUUUUUGGAUCCAUAUUAGCACCAAAGCUCUAGUUUUUCUCGCAGGCUUCUUGGAACUGAUCUUUUUGAUUCUUUGGUUUCAUAUUUCAUUACGAAUACUCGUCUGGAUAUUUUUCUUAGCAGCAGUGUUUGUUUUCGCCAAUUUUAUGCUCAAGCAUUGACUCUUGCUUCUUUGGCUUUGCUUGGAUUCUAGUUUCUCGUUUCAUGCUAGCGUCGAGGGAAUUCUCCUAGAAGUUUAGAAGUAAGCAGUUGGAAAUUGGUAGAUUUGAGCGUUAUUUUCAAUGGGUCCUACUCGGGAUCGAGCCUCACCUUUCUACAUCCCUCUUCCUCCUUUUGCCACUGGUAGCAGCGACAAUGUGAUCACGUUGUGGCCGCAGAACAAUGCAGACCAGCCAGAAUUUGAGGCGCUGCCCUCCAAGAGGCCAAGACAUUCAGAUGAUGCCCCUCUGAAUCCACCGCGAAACACACCACCAGUAUCAACGAUGCCUCAUCCACCAAACCCUCAGACAAACCCUCCAAUCAGAGGAACAAGUUGCAUGUUUUUCAAGACCCGGCUUUGCCAGAAAUUCAAAACGCGGUCUUGCCCAUGGGGGAACAACUGCAACUUUGCGCAUGGGAUCGAAGAGCUCCGCCAGCCGCCACCCAAUUGGAAGGCGCUUGUUGCCGAGGGACAGGUGAAUGGUAAUGACCAACAGAGGAUGCGUAAGAAUGAGAUCUGCAGGAAGUUCUCUAAGGGAGAGGUCUGCCCGUAUGAGGAUCGCUGCACUUAUCUCCAUGUGCAGCGAGAGAACUUGGGGAUGGCCAUGGGGUCUAUGGCAGGGCCUGGUAGUAUUGGGGGAUUUAGCUCUGCAGCUGACUGUAAUGGCUCUAAUCAGAAGCCAAAGGCAAAGAUUUGUUACAAGUGGGAGACCACAGGUCAUUGCUCUUUUGGUGAGAGGUGCAUCUUUGCUCAUGGAAUUGCAGAGAUGAAGUCUGGAGGCCAUGUGGAGUUAGAUAGUGGAAAAAUCGGAGCAGAUCCAUCAAAACCUCUUACUAAUCCUGCAAAUAAUGUCCUGCCAAUUCAGACAGAGCCCAGUUAUACGCAUCAAGCUCAGCAGAAGAAAGGUGUUUUUCCGAAGUUAGCUAAGAAAAAACUAAGUGGCAUCUAUGCAGAUUGGAUUGAUGACACUCCACUCUUUUCCCCGCACCUCUCAAAACAAAGCUGAAACUUGGUUUAGGGCCUAGACAUCAAAGGCUCUUUCUUUAUCCAAUACUUCUUACUUAGUGUUGGCAGCUCAUUUCAUACCUUUUUGUAGAAGUUUGGUGGCCAUCCAUAUGUUAGCAGACAACUAUCCAUGCAAAUAUCACAGCAUUGUCUUUCUGCAAAAAAAAAAAGAAAAAAAAAACAGCACUGUCCCUCAUUUUGGAGUCAUGGGAAAGUUUAGAGUUUUUUCUCUUUUUUCUUUUUUAUCAUAAUUUUUGUUGUCCAGAGCUAUUGAAAUGGGUAUAACUGUAUCAUUUGUCAUUAUACAUAAUGAAAAUGUUACUAAUGAA